AUGGAAUUAUUUGAAGAAAACUACAGGCACUCAGCAGAGAGGUUAGAUAAACCUUCUCAGUACCUUAUUAAAAAGGCAAUGCGUCGUGGGAACAUUGAUAAUUUGGUGAAGUCGAUGGAACUGAAAACUAUAUAUGUAGGUAACCUUGCUAAACAUACUACCGAGGAACAAAUUCAUGAAUUGUUCCUGAAAUGUGGUAGUAUCUACAGAAUCAUUAUGGGACUUGAUAGAGUUAAGCUCAGACCUUGCGGGUUCUGUUUUGUGAUAUAUAACCUGAAGGAAUCUUCAUGGAACUCUAUGAAGUAUUUGAAUGGUACAAAAUUGGAUGACCAACUUUUGGAGAUAGAUUUGGAUCCAGGUUUUAAGGAAGGUAGACAGUUUGGAAGAGGAUUUUCUGGUGGUCAGGCAAAGGAUGAAACUAACCAACAUAAUUACGGAAACCAAAGUAGUGGAAAUUACAGAGGUGGUGGAUAUCGAGGUGGAAGGGGUGGAAGAAGUGGCUACAGAGGUGGCUAUAGGGGAAGAGGAGGUUUCCGAGGAAAUAGAGGAGGUGCUAGAGGGGGCUACAGCAGCAAUGGGAAUAAUCUGAGUUGGUCUCAAUGA